AUUGCAAAUGAUGAGAUGAUAAUAUUGUUGUUUGAUUAUUUGUUUUUAUUUUGCAUUAAUGCGUUAUGCUCUUGUAAUGUUCGCGAUGUGAAAAUUGAGGUGGAUGAUCCUCGGCCUCGUAUGGCCGUUGCUCGUGGCGGUGUGACUAUUCCUGUUUUAACAAUUUCACGUGAUGAGGGUGAUCGUUCAUUGAUUCAAUUUGAAGGUCCUUCUAAAUAUUCUUUGGGUGUGGAUUCUCUUGGUAACUUCUCGAUCAACGCUGACAAUCAACCUAUGCUUAUUAUGAACAAUGAGCAUAAUAUAUCGAUUCACAUGGGCAAUCUAUCAGUCCGUUCUAUUGAUUUUGGUGGCGACUUACUGGUUGAGGGUGUAUCGCAGUUUAAGAUGAUUUGGCGAGAGGAUUUUGCCGAUUCUAAAGGUUGGAAUGGCACAGUGGAGAAGAUAGACGUUUCUUCAUGUUCUGGGAUUCCGAUGUUAGGUGGUUAUAAGCAUUUUGGCAGGGGUUGGAUUCAGAAGACCUUUAUUGAGCUUCCUGUUCAUCGUGAAUUACGUUUGCGGGCAAAUUUUCACUUUAUUGAUCAAUGGUCUGGUGAGAGUGGUUACAUGAAGGUCAACACCUCAGCGUCUUCUCCUAUGGAAUAUGUUUGGAAUGAGUCCCAUUUUCAGAAUUUAGGUUAUGGCAUUAACAUUUGUGGAGAUGAUACUCCUGAUUCCAAAUUUUCCGUACCAAUAGAUGUGACUCUUCCACACAGUGCUGAACGUUUUACGUUAGAAUUCGGUAGCACAUUGGAAGGUGAUGCCAUUCAGCAAUCUUGGGGUAUUUCGGGUCUCGAGAUUCACGUUCGUUAACUGUUUUAUCGGCUAUAAGAUAUCGCUACAUUAGUUAAAGGAG